AUGAACAAUCUAGACAGAAUAAAAUAUAGAUUAGAAGAAUCAUUAGAAAAACACAAAAAGAGAUUAUUAAAAACAAGAGAAAAGAAAGAUUCAUCAACUAUCAUUCGAACACUUAAAGAAAAGAAUAAAGGAAAGAGUAGUUUAAUUACUGCAAAAAUUAUUAAUUCAAAUAAAAUAUUAAAUAAUAAAAAGAGUAAUAUAACAAAAAAAUCAAUAGAAAAUUUAAAAAAUUCCAAAUUGUCAUUGAUAAAUAAAUAUUCUAAAAAAGAUCAAUACUCUUAUAAAUCUUGUGAAGUGAUAAAAAAAGAUAUUAAAUUAGUUUCUUCAAAAGAUGAAAAUUAUAAAAAUAAAAACAUUCCAAAUGAAGGUUACGAAAAAUAUAAUAAUAAUAAUAAUCAAAGAUUUAAAAAAAAAGAUAAUCUCAUCAAAGAAGGAAGUAUGAUAGAUAAGAUUAAUAAUUCUGAAAAUAAAAAAAAUGUAGAAAAUUAUAUCAGAAAAUUGAAAUAUGAUGAUAAUAUUAUUGAUAUAAAAAUGUCAGAUAAUAAUAAUGAUUUUCAAAAUGUUUCAAAAGAGGUUAGUGAUAAUUUAAAUGAUUUAUUUCGUAAUUUUGUUAAUUGUAAAAUUAAUAAUCUUUAUGUUAUAAGUGGUGAGAGAACUAAUACGAAAAAUGAUUUCAAUACCAAUGAGAAGGAAUUGAGAGAUAUUGGAAAUGAGGAUAUUAAUAACUGUGAUUAUGGAGAUAAUGAAGAAAAGAAAAAAGCUAUGUAUGAUGGAAUUAAAGAAAUAAAGUAUAGUGAAAAUGAAAAUAGUUUUAACAAAAAUGACUUAAAAAAAAUCAGAUCUCAUUCUAAUGAUAAAGGAACAUAUGAAAAUAAUUUAAAAAAAUUGUUAGAGAUAGAAAAGAAUAUGAAAAAUAAGAUAAAACUUUUUGAAGAGCAAAAAAGUAAAUCAAUAAAUGAAGAUGGAACUUUAUGUUGUAUUCCUUCAUCAAACAGUAAGGAAAUUCAAAAAGUUUCUACAGAAAGUAAUGAUCAAUUCACAUAUAUCAGUUCAUUCAGAAAUUCUAUGCUUAUUAAUUUAUCAUCAUCUUUUCCAUUGAUUAAUUCAAAUGAAGAGAAAAAAUCUACUUCAGAUAGUGUAGAAUUAUUUACUACCCACAAAAAUAUUUAUGUUCGUAAUUAUUAUAAAAAAAAAAGAAAUAAAAAAGGAAAUAUAGAUAAAAAUGUAUUAAUAGAAAAUUAUAAGAAUUAUUAUUCUAACAGUGAUGAAUAUUUUGAAAAAAAAGGGAAAAAAAAAAAAAAAAAAAAAAAAGAAAAAAAAUCUAUAAAUUAUUUAUUAAAUGAAAAUAGUAUAAGAAAUUAUAAAAUAAAUAAAUUAAAAGAAAAUCAAUUAUUAGAAAACAAUAGAGAAUAUAUAGAAACAGAAGAAUAUGAUAGUAAUGAUAAAGAAGAUGAUGAAGAUAAAGAAGAUGAUGAAGAUAAAGAAGAUGAUGAAGAUAAAGAAGAUGAUGAAGAUAAAGAAGAUGAUGAAGAUAAAGAAGAUGAUGAAGAUAAAGAAGAUGAUGAAGAUAACGAAGAAAAAGAUGAUAAAAAAAGACAAAAUAAUAUAUAUAACAAUAGACAAUAUGCUAAAUAUUAUGAUAAUAUAAAAAAAAGAAUUAUAUAUUAUCCAAGAAAUUUAAACAUGAGUGAAUAUAAGAAAUUAAAAAGAAAUAAAAAUAAAAAGUCAUUUCAUAAAUUACUCAAUGAAAACAGUGUAACAAAUGAUAAAGAUACAUUUAAUGAUAAGUAUGUUCACAAUUAUUUAAAUGCAAAAAAAAAAAAAAAAAUUGUAAUAUAUGAUUCAAAUAACCAGAAUUAUGAAUCAGAUAUUUCUUGUUCAUCUGUAAAAAAUAAUGAUAUCAGAGAUUCUAGAUAUGGUUUAAAUCAGAAUUAUUUAGAUAUAACUGAUAAUAAGAAAAAAUACGAAAAAAAAAUAUUAAAAAAUCAAAUGAUGAUGUUUCAUUGUAAAACUAAUCCAUUAGCUUAUAAGAUUAUGAAUAUAAUAAAUAGAAAGAAUAAAAUAAAUGAAUAUAUAGAUAAAAAUAGUGUUUUAAAAAAAACAAAAUAUGAAUUAAGUUCUUAUAUAACCAGUUCUAAUGCAUAUAUAAGUAAUUAUAGUUUAUUUGAUGAAUGUAUAACAACAUCUAAUGAGAAAAAUAGGAAGAUUACAAAUGACAUAAAUUAUGAUAAAUCUAAGGGAUAUUUAAAUAAAAAUAUUCAUGAAUAUAUAAAUAAUUAUUAUUCUAAUCCAUGUUAUGAUAAAUUUAAAUACUUAAAUGAUUAUGAUAAUAAACAUAAUUUUAUAAAAGAGCAGAUAGAAAAGUGGAAACAAAAAAAAAUACCUAGCUAUUUAAAAAAGAAUUCUCAUUAUUUUAAAAAUGUUUUAUCAAAUAUUUAUAAUGAUAAAAAUAAUUUAACACUAGAACAUUCUAAUGAUUUACUAAAAAAUACUCAAAAACUUUUUUUAUCUAAUGAGUAUAUAUAUGAAAAUAAUCUCAUUUCUUCCCCAUUAGAAAAAAAAAAAAAAAAAAAUAAAAUAAUUGAAAAAAAAAGUAAUGUUCAUCUGAAUAAUCAAAAUAAUCAUAAUUGUGAAGAUAAUUAUUUAUAUGGUAAAAAGUUAUCUAUGAUAAGUAACAAUCAAAAUAAUUAUUUUAAUUUAUCUAUAGCAUCAAAAGAAAAGAAUCAACAUGAUACUAAUACGAACUGUUUUAUAUGCUCAUUUCCAAUAGGUAAAAAUGAAAAAAGAUAUUUUUUAAAAAAAGAUAAUAUUUAUGAUAGUUUACAAUUUUAUAUGAUUAAAAAGAAACAAAAAGAAAUAGAAUCUCGAUAUAAAGAUAAAAGAGACAAAAAUGAAGUUUACAAGUGUAACAUUAAAAAUUAUGAAGAUUGUUGUGAUGAUCAAAAAAAAAAAAAAAAUGUUGAUGAAAAAGAACAAUAUGAAUCCAACUAUAAAAGUGAAAAUGAAAAAGAAAAAUGUUUUAAUAAUAGAAAAAAUAAAAAAAACAAAAAAGAAAAUAAUAGUGAAAAUAUAAAUAAAAAAUGGAGUUUUAUAGAUAUAAAAAAAAAAAAAAUUGAAAAAAAAAUAGUUAAUGAUAUUAAAUUAAAUAAUAACAAAAAGAAGGAAAUAAAAGAAAAUAAAAGCAAUUUAACUUCUAUACUUUCAAGUAAUAAUUUUCUAAAUAAUCUAGAUUUCUCCAAUUAUAUAAAUAAUAUUAGCAAGAGUAAAUUAAAAUACAAUAAAAUUAAUUUAAGUAAAAAACAUGAAAGACAAAAUGUAUGUUCAUAUGGAAAGAAGAAAAGAUCUUUCAGUUAUGAUUUAAGUAAUCAUUUUCUUGAAUCAAUAAAAAAUUAUAAUCUAAAACAAGAGGAAAAAAAAAAAAAAAAGAUUAUCAAUUAUAUAAAAAAUAGAUACUUACUACAUAAUAUAAAUCCUUUGAUUAAUUUAGAAAGUGAUAUAUAUAGUGAAACGGAUGAACAUUUUUUAAAGGAUUCAAAUACUAUAUAUCAGAGUAAUAUAAAGAAUAAUAAGAUAAAAGAAUUAGAUACACUUAAAAAUAAACAAAUAAAUGAUAAAAAACACAAGGAAGAAAUCAAUUAUAAUAAAAAUCUGGAUAAUAAUAAAAAAGAUAUAGAAAUUUUCAAAAGUUCCCAAAUUUUAUAUGGUAAUAAUGAUAAUAUGGAAUAUAAUUUUUUAAGAAAAAAAAAUGAAAAUGAAAAAAAUUCAACAAUUAGUGAUAUUAAUAACAUUUCAUUACAAAAUGAGAAGGAAAAAAAUAAUUCAUAUAAAAAAGAAAAUGAUUUUGAUGAAGAUAAAAAAUAUUUAGAUGAAAAAAAAGUUAGUCAUUUUAAUGAAGUAAAAGAUUUGAAUGAAAAAAAAAAUAACCAUUUUAAUGAAGUGAAAGAUUUAAAUGAAAAAAAAAAUAACCAUUUUAAUGAAGUGAAAGAUUUGAAUGAAAAAAAAAAUGACCAUUUUAAUGAAGUUAAAGAUUUGAAUGAAAAAAAAAAUGACCAUUUUAAUGAAGUGAAAGAUUUGAAUGAAAAAAAAAAUAAGACAUAUUUGAAAAUAAAUAGUAAUGUUUUAAAAAAAAUAUUAAAAAUGAAAAUUGAAUCUAUGAAAAAUGAUAUUAAUAAUAAAAAAAUUAACAAAGAAAGUGAAAUGAAAAUAAAUUCUUUAAAUGGUAAGGAAAUAUCAGAAUUACCAAAGAAAAUGUUAUCAUAUGAAGGUAAAGAAUUAAAUGAUUUAAAAAAAAAAAAUAUUAACGAAGAAAAUUCUAUAAUUUCAUUGAGAAAUAAUAAUAUAAAUAAUUAUAAAAUGGUUGAAAAAUGUAGUAACAAUAGUAACGAUGAAAUUAAUAUUGAUAAUACUUCUAAUUUUAAUAGAAUAAAUUUUAGUAAUCGAAUCUCAUCAGUUGAUAAUUUUUUUGAUAGUAAUAAUAACAAUGAUUCCUAUUAUAAAACACUUAAAAGGAGCUCUGAAACUCUUUUCGAUAGUAAUAAAGAAUAUGAUGAUAAUUCUAUUAAUAUUAAGCACACAUAUAGUUCUGUUAAUACUAUAUAUGAUAAUAAUAAUAAUAUUAUUAAUACUAAAAAUAAAAAAAAUAAUAAUGAUUUUGUUAUCAUUAAAAAUAGUUGUAAUUCUAAUAUUGAUAAUAUUAGCAAUAAUGAAUGUAUAGCAGAUAUUAAUAAAAGUAAUAAAAUUAUGUAUAGUAAUUAUGAUAAUAAUAAUAAUAAUAAUAAUGAAAAUAUAGGUAAUUCAGAAGGUAUAAAUGAUGUAAUAUAUGAAGAAAACAAUAAUAUUGAAGUUUUAGAUUUUAAUGAAUCAUAUUAUUGUUAUUUAAAAAAUAUGCAAAAUAACGAUGUAUAUCCUAAUUCAGAAGAACCAAUAACAACAGAUGAUAAGAGUAAAUUAAUGAAAGCAUAUAUAAAUAAUAAAAAAAAAAAAAAUUCAAAAAAGCAAUUCCUAAAAUAUAAUAUAGAAUUUUUUAAAUUAGCACAAUUUUUUUGUGAGGAUUAUAAUUUAUUUAAUAAUUAUCUAAGAGAAAUGGAUUAUAAAAUAUCAAAAAAUGGUGAUGAUGUAGAUAAAGCCGCUUUUUCUAUUGUCAAAUUGUUUGGUGUAAAAAAUAGUUUGAAUGAAAAAAAUUCAAAAAAAAAUAGUAAUAAUAACGAUUAUCUACCUAUUAAUACAAAAAUAAAAAAUAAUAAAAAUGUUUAUAUAUAUAAAUAUCAAAAGGAUGAUAUAAAUGAAUGUACUAACUGUAAUGAUAAUGAAAUUUUAAAUAAAUUUAGUGACAAAAAAAAAAAAUUUGUAAAUGAUUCUAUUUUUUUAACACGAACAAAAAUGAACGAAAAUUUUUAUAACAAAAAAAAUAAUCCUAUCACACUGUUAGACAAUAUGAAUAAAAAAGAAUUAACAAAAAUUAUGUAUCAUCAAAAUAGUAAUAAUGUGAAUUAUUUUCUACAUGAUAAAAAUAAAUAUAGCAAUGAAUAUUUAAUGAAUAAUAAUAAAGCUAAUUUUUUUUUAUAUCCAAAAUUAAAAAAUGAUAAUUAUAAAGAAAAAAAUGCCACAUUUUCAAGAUCUUAUUCUUCCAAAUUUAUGAAUGAGAAUGAAUAUUUUAGUGGUAACAAAAAUUGUUAUAUUACUAGACGAUCUAGUAGCACAAAAAAAAAAAAUUCAUUGCUAAAAACAUCUGCCUUAAUUGAGAAAUAUGAAAAAUUAAAAUGUAAAUAG